GACUACAAUUUUGACAAGGAGUUUGCACUUCCACUUAUCUCUUGAAACUACGGAAUAUACAAAUCUCCGUCUUCUUUAAUACAAAACAUUUCAAGGCAGAAAGGCAGAACAACCAAACCAAAAAUGACAGCCAAAUCCCAUCUAGUCUCUUCUCUCCUCUUUUUUAUCUAUUACAGUACUAUCCCCCACCAUUUGCAAGCCCAACCAAGCACCCAAGGAUUCACCUGCACAGCCAAUCAGAGUUCCUUUCCAUGCCAAACCUAUGCCUUCUACCGGGCUACAGCUCCUAACUUCCUUGACCUUUCCUCAAUCGGUGACCUUUUCUCGGUUAGCCGCCUUAUGAUAUCAAAACCAAGUAACAUCUCCUCUCCAGCCUCCCCUCUCAUCCCCGAUCAACCCUUGUUUGUCCCUUUAUCAUGUUCUUGUAACACCAUGAAUGGCACUAGCAUCUCCUUUGCAAACAUCACAUAUACCAUAAAGCCAAAUGACACUUUCUACCUUGUCUCAACUGAAUACUUCGGAAACCUUACUACCUACGAGUCUGUUCAACUUGUUAACCCUACGCUUAUCCCCACACGACUCCAAAUAGGAGUAGAAGUGAUCUUUCCAAUAUUUUGCAAGUGUCCUAAUCAAACUCAAUUGCAAAACAAGGUGAAUUAUCUGGUAUCUUAUGUGUUUCAGCCUUCUGAUAACUUAUCAUCAGUUGCUUCAACAUUUGGAGUCGAAACACAAUCUAUUGUGGAUGCUAAUGGCAAUAACAUACAGCCAUUUGACACCAUAUUCAUACCAGUAAAUCAACUUCCACAACUGGCACAAGCUACGGUUUUUCCUUCUUUGGCGCCUUCUGGGAAGAAUCAGAGGAAAGGUUUGAUCAUAGGAUUAGCAGUUGGACUAGGAAUUGCCGGGCUUUUGUUGGUCUUGGUAAGCGGGGUUUGUUUUUAUAGAGACGGUGUAUUGAAGAAGAGAAGAGAUUUUGAGAGAGAUGAUCAGGAGAAGCAGAGGAUGCAGUUCAAUGGAGGAAGGAAAGGGUUGAAGGAUAUAGAAGUGGGUUUGAUGGCAGAUGUUUCAGAUUGCUUGGAUAAGUACAGGGUCUUUAAGAUUGAUGAACUGAAAGAAGCUACUGAUGGGUUCGGUGAGAAUUGCUUGAUUGAAGGAUCUGUGUUUAAAGGGUCCAUAAAUGGAGAGACCUAUGCUAUCAAGAAGAUGAAGUGGAAUGCCAGUGAGGAGCUCAAGAUACUGCAGAAGGUAAACCAUGGCAACUUGGUGAAGCUAGAAGGCUUUUGCAUAGACCCUGAGGAUGCAAAUUGCUAUCUGGUCUACGAGUACAUCGACAAUGGCUCUCUGCAUUCGUGGUUGCAUGGUAACAAGAAAGAAAAACUAAGCUGGAAAAAAAGGCUACGCAUUGCAAUUGACGUUGCAAAUGGUCUCCAAUACAUCCAUGAGCACACUAGGCCAAGGGUUGUACACAAAGACAUUAGAAGCAGCAACAUCCUUUUAGACUCGAGCAUGAGAGCCAAAAUUGCCAACUUUGGACUAGCAAAAUCAGGCUACAAUGCCAUAACAAUGCACAUUGUCGGCACCCAAGGCUACAUUGCACCUGAAUAUUUAGCUGACGGUGUGGUGUCAACAAGAAUGGAUGUUUUCUCAUUUGGUGUGGUUUUGCUUGAGCUAAUCUCAGGCAAAGAAGCUAUUGACGAAGAAGGCAAGGUUUUGUGGUCAGAAGCUAGUGGAAUUUUGCAGGGAAAUGUUGAAGAGAGGAAGGUGAAGAGAUUGACACUAUGGAUGGAUAAGGUUCUUUUAGAGCAGUCAUGCUCAAUGGAGAGUGUAAUGAAUGCAAUGGCUGUUGCAAUUGCUUGCUUGCAUAGAGAUCCAUCAAAGAGGCCCAGCAUGGUGGAUAUUGUUUAUGCCUUGUGUAAGACUGAUGAUCUGUUUUUUGACAUCUCAGAAGACGUACUGUCAGACCCUCAGGUAACGGCAAGAUAAGUUAUUAUCAUUUUUAGGAUCUAGAUAUGACAUUUUGGUUGUUAAGGAUUUUGUAUGUAUCUAUAUGAGCUUUGAUAAUAUGAUGUAACAUAUAUCCAUAUGUCUACAAAGUUAGCUGUAUAAAAUCUUCUGGAACCGUAUAAUGCCAUUUUGUACCUGAACAAAAAUGGAUCUUGCUGUAGUUAAAAGGCGUUUUGGAUUUGGAACCCUAUAAUGCUACCCUGUUCUUGAACAAA